CUUCUCCGUCCGGGAUUACAAGUUCUCGCGAUAGAUCCAUGUUUUAUUCCUACGUAAUGUGCCGUGCUGCUUAUGGCGGCGCUGGUGAUUGUGCUGUGAGCUGUUGGGUAUGAAGUGUAACAGAACAGAAACUACCACCUGAAACUGCUGCUUCAAGUUCAGAUCAGUCAAGGAAUACCUGCCACAACAGUAACUAACAAGACCAAAGAAGAGAAACUGCGCUGAAGACACAACACUUGAUCUGAAACAAGAAGUUUGUGCCUACUCAACAGCUUCACAAAAGCACUUCCCAACGCUGCUAUUAGUCUUUGUUUUAUCCUUUACGCUGCAUUUUGCAACUGCUGAGUGCAGCGUAAGUCAUCCCUCUUAGCUUGAUAGAUCGUUUUCUCUUGCUAUCUCUCUUUUAAUACUAGCAUCUAACAGCCUUGAAGGAUUUACUGACGGAGAAUUGGAAAAUACUACUGAACGUGCAAUAUCUGAAUAUCUCGGAAAGCUGUAUGUGAUGGAGAAGCUUUAUACUUUGUCAUCAGAGUAUCCCACUCCAGCUGCUGCUGGCUCUCCCACUUAUACUCCUUCCAGUGGGUCAAAAAAACUGAAGAGGACCCCUUUGUAUCAAAGAUCUAUGAGCUUUGACCCAAACCUUCUCCACAACAAUGGACACAAUGGGUACCCUAAUGGUACUGCAGCACUGCGUGAAACGGGUGUCAUUGAAAAACUGCUGACAUCCUAUGGAUUUAUUCAGUGUUCAGAGCGCCAGGCUAGACUUUUCUUCCACUGCUCACAGUACAAUGGAAACUUACAGGAACUUAAAGUAGGAGAUGACGUAGAAUUUGAAGUUUCCGCGGACAGGCGCACUGGUAAACCAAUUGCUGUGAAACUCGUAAAAAUAAAAACUGAAAUAUUGCCAGAGGAGAGAAUAAAUGGCCAGGUUGUGUGUGCUGUGCCUCAUAACUUAGAAACCAAGUCUCCAGCUGCUCCAGGCCAGAGUCCAUCUGGAAGUGUGUGUUAUGAACGAAAUGGGGAGGUGUUUUAUUUGACAUACACACCAGAAGAUGUAGAAGGGAGUGUCCAUCUAGAAACUGGAGAUAAAAUAAGCUUUAUUAUUGAAACUAAUAAGCAUACUGGUGCAGUUAGCGCACGAAAUAUAAUGAUUUUGAUGAAAAGGAAGCAAAUGCGUUGCCAGGGAGUUGUUUGUGCCAUGAAGGAAGCCUUCGGGUUCAUUGAAAGAGGAGAUGUUGUCAAAGAGAUAUUCUUUCACUAUAGUGAAUUUAAAGGUGACCUUGAAGCCUUACAACCUGGAGAUGAUGUGGAAUUUACAAUCAAGGAUCGAAAUGGUAAAGAAGUGGCAACAGACGUCCGGCUUCUGCCCCAAGGAACUGUUAUCUUUGAAGAUAUUAGUAUUGAACAUUUUGAAGGAACUGUUACCAAAGUUAUCCCUAAAGUACCCAACAAAAAUCAGAAUGACCCUUUACCAGGCCGUAUAAAAGUAGAUUUUGUUAUUCCUAAAGAGCUGCCAUUUGGUGACAAAGACACAAAAUCUAAGGUCACCCUUCUGGAAGGCGAUCGUGUUCGUUUCAACAUAUCCACAGAUCGACGAGACAAGUUGGAACGCGCUACAAACAUUGAAUUUCUUCCUGAUACCUUUCAGUAUACCAAUGAGUCUAGAGAAAUGGGUGUGAUUGCAGCAAUGAGGGAUGGGUUUGGUUUUAUAAAAUGUGUUGAUCGGGAUGCCAGAAUGUUCUUUCACUUCAGUGAAGUCCUGGAUGGAAACCAGCUCCACAUUUCUGAUGAAGUUGAGUUUACUGUUGUCCCUGACAUGUUGUCUGCACAGAGAAAUCAUGCCAUAAGGAUUAAAAAGCUUCCUAAAGGAACAGUGUCAUUUCACACACAGUCAGAACAUCGCUUUAUUGGUCUUGUCGAAAAAGAAGCUACAGCAGUCAACACUAAAUCAUCCAGCCCAAACAAGGGAAAGGAAAAGAAAAAGGAUAAGGAGUGUGAAGAGGGAAUAAUUUCUUAUGAAGACUGUGGUAUCAGGCUAACUGUAUCAUAUCAUCUAAAAGAUAUUGAAGGAUCAUGUGCACCCCAAGUUGGAGAUAAGGUUGAAUUCAGCAUUUGUGAAGCCAAAAGAACUGGUCAGCAGAGUGCUGUAUCCAUGAAGGUUCUUGGACGCAACUCAAAUGCCAAAAGAUUUUAUGGAUAUGUGGCCACCCUUAAAGAUAACUUUGGAUUCAUUGAAACUUCAAAUCAUGAUAAAGAAAUUUUCUUUCAUUACAGUGAGUAUUCAGGAGAUGUGGAUAAACUGGAGUUGGGGGAUAUGGUGGAGUACAGUUUGUCAAAAGGCAAGGGAAAUAAAGUCAGUGCUGAGAGAGUUACCAAGGCUCAUCAAGUCAAUGGAUCAAACGAUGAGGUGGACCCAACGGUUUAUUGGGGUAAGGUAGUCAGACCUCUGAGGAGUGUAGAUCCUACACAGACUGAAUACCAGGGCAUGAUUGAACUUCUAGAAGAGGUUGAAGAUAAGCAGAAAAUCACCGAAGAAAUUCCUGAACAAGCUGAAGAAAUUGAAGAUGAGGAGGAAGAGGAGGAGGAGGAGGAAGAGGAGGAGGAGGAGGAGGAUGAUGAUGAUGAUGAGGGCAGCAAAGAAAAAAAACAUGCAAGCAUGAAAGGACGCUUGAUCCCAUUUGGUAUCGUAGGAAUGGAAAACAAAGCAGAUUGUCUACUGAAGGGAGAAACUGUGAAAUUUCAGCUCUGUGUUUUAAGUCAAAAUGGUCAGACUAUGGCCUGUAAUAUUGAACCCCUCCGUAGAGGUACUGUGGAGUGUGUGAAAGAUCAGUUUGGCUUCAUUAACUACGAAGUUGGUGACAGUAAGAAACUUUUCUUCCACGUGAAGGAGGUCCAGGAUGGUGUUGAACUCCAAGCUGGGGAUGAAGUUGAAUUCUCUGUAAUUCUGAAUCAGCGCACAGGAAAGUGCAGUGGUUGCAAUGUUACACUUAUAAGCAAAGGCCCUGAAAUGGUGGCAGCUCCUCGCCCCGACAGAUUAGUAAGCAGGUUAAAGAGCAUAACACUGGAUGAUGCCAGUGCCCCACGUCUCAUGGUUUUACGUCAGCCUAGAGGUCCCGAUAACACAAAGGGAUUUGGUGCAGAGAGAAAGAUCCGUCAAGCUGGGGUUAUCGACUGAUUUCCAUCUUCAAAAGCACAUUACCUAUUUAAGUAUGAUCAAAGUAAUGCGGUCUGUGAGGAGAAACAACAUCUUUCUUUAUAGCCCGGAAAUUCCACGAAUCUUAUUUAGCAUAAGGACUGCAAUCUUUUAAACAUCUGCCAUCUUACUUUCAAACCAGGAAACCCUUUUUAAAUUAUGCCCAUUUGCAACUGAAGAGUUAACUGUAAGCCUUAUAGUAUAUCAUUUGUUUGUUUUCAUAUUUUUUUUUUUUUCAAGCUUUCUUUCAAAUGAUGCAUCUUAUCGCAACAAUUGUUUUUUCCUUUUCAUGACAGAUUUGGUGGUAAUGUGAUUUAACGUACAGAUUUCUGCACUUUCAUACUGUUUAGCAUAUAUUCUACCUCCAUUACUGAAUUUUUUUUCAUUUUUUUUUUUUUACUUUGCCUUAGAUUUAACAUAGCAAUUCCUUUUUAUUCAGCAUUGGUCUAUGCUUUAUUUUUCUAUCAAAGGACCACAUAGAUAUGGUGGAAUAUAUCCUAUGCAGUGUUCCCUAAGCAAUGAUAAAAAAUGAAGCAUUUUCUAAUUCCAGUGACAGCCAAACAUUCACAUUUUCAGAGGGGAUUAAUUAACUCUGCAUUCACACGCUGUUAGUUUUUGAAUGCAUUUCUUCAAAAUUUAUUUUGGUUUUUGUGUUAACAAGUGACUUUGGAAGUGCAGAGUACAACAAGCCUGAAAUGUGCCAUGUGUGUUAAAUUAAUACGAAAAUGCACGGUUGUUUUGUUUUUUUGUUUUUGCUGCUUUGACACUGCAGCUUUUGAAACAUUAAUGGAUUUAAAAGGAAGAAAAAUGUGCCUGAAACAUUGUUUUUUUUUUUGUUUUUGUUUACAGCACCGAUUUAUCAUAAGAUUUAGUCUUUUGAUAGUUAUAUUGGUCAUUCGCAUCAAGAUAAAUUUAGAAAGCUGGUACCUAAUAUAUAAUUUUUUUUUUUAAACUACCCUCCCCCCAGCCCUAUUUUAUUUGUUUCGGUCCAUUACCCGCUCGCAUAAAAUAUUAAAUUAAGUUGCCCUUUUUAUUUUAAGCAAAAAAGAUCAAGCCACUUUCUACGGAAAGAGGGAAAGUAUUUUUUUUUUUUUGUUUUUUUUUUUUUUUGGAGACUCACAUUACCUUUAUAAAAUGAUACUUGGCUCCAGUUUUUCUGUUUAAUGGCAAAAAAAAUUGAAAAAUAGAAUAAAGUUUUACCAAUUAAUUUU